AUGAACUUGUAAACUAAAAGAUAAGACAUAAAUCAAUUAAAGGUUUACAAAUGGGAUUCAAUUGAAAGAAAACUCAUGAAGAUUAAUAUUCAAGUAGAUAUAAAGAAUGAUAAUUUAAUUUACUCAUAUUAAGGAAGAAUUUUGAGAAAGUAAAAUUGAAAUUUAUUAAUUUUAUAGAGUAUAUCUUCAGGACUAUAAAACUUAUCCUGAUCUAUAUUAAAAUAUGGAAUAGAUUAAAUAUUUUAAUUGGUAAGGUGAAUAUGGACCAAACUAGAAAAAAAUAGGUAAAUGGAAGGCGAUUUGGAAUGGAGAAGUCAUUUUAGAUGGUGGGUACUACAUGAAUGGAUGUAAGUAAGGCUUAUGGAAACAGCCUAUAAAGAAUUACAUGAGGUAAAAAUCAAAUUAUAAUUCAAAAAUAGUAUAGCUCAAGUGUAUGAAAUUGGGGAAUACUUUGAUGAUUAAAAAACAGGAACAUGGAAAUAUAUUUAUAAUAAUGAAACCAUGUAUCAUUUUGUAUUACAUUUUUUAGUGGUGGUGGAGCAUUUAAUGAGUAAGCCUAGAAGAAUUUGAGGUGGGUUGAGUUGAGUGAUGGAUUUUGGGAUGGAUCCUAAAUCACUUUUAAUGGAGAAUAUAAAAAUGGCAAAAAAAUUGGUAGAUGGGAUAUUGAGUAUAGGUAUGAUAGUAAUAAUUAAUUCAUUUUAAUGUAAAAAUUUUAUAUACAGUAGCUGCACAGUGGAGGUGGAUCAUAUGAUCAAUAUGGUGAUGAACUUAAGUAAGGAAAUUGGGUAGAAAUAACUGAAAAUCAAGGGGAUUAUUCUUAUGUUAAUUGCAGAGGUGGAUAUUAAAAUGGUAAGAAGAUUGGUAGAUGGGAUAUUUUUUGGAAUAAUAAUGGAAAUCAAAAAAUAAUGUAAGAAAUAUUAUAUAUAAAUUUGGACCAUCACACAGUGGCGGAGGAUCAUAUGAUGAAGAAGGGGAUGAACUUAAGUUGGGUUAUUGGGUGGAAAUAAUGGAUAAUUUUGAGUAUAACUCUUAAGUAACAUACAAGGGAGAAUAUGUAAGUGGUAAAAAAGUUGGUAGAUGGGAUAUAUGGUUAAAGCAUUUAUCAACUAAUAAUUACAAUGAAAAAAUGUAAAAAUAAAGUUAUAUAGUUUUAAUAUUUUGAAAAAUGGUUGGUUAUUAGUGGUGGUGGAUUCUAUGAUGAAGCUGGUAAUGGAUUUAAGUAGGGUGGUUGGGUAGAAAUUUUGGAAAUUUCUGAUGAUUCUUUAGUAAAUUAUAGUGGUGAAUAUAAAAAUGGUAAGAAAGUAGGUGUUUGGGAUAUUAAAUAUAGAUAUAGGAGAGGUGAUCCCUAUUAUAAAAUGUAAGAAUAUUUUAUAAAUUCGUACUCCACAGUGGUGGUGGAUCAUAUGAUGAAAAAGGGAAUGAACUUAAGUAUGGUGAUUGGGUAGAAAUUUCAGAUAAUUAUUAUGAUUCUUAAGUAAUGUAGAGAGGAGAGUAUAUAAACGGAAAAAAGGUUGGUAGAUGGGAUUUUAUGUAUGAAGGCAAUCAAAUGUAAAAAUAAAAUAAAAAAUGUUUAAUUAUGUCAACUUAUAGUGGUGGGGGAUUAUAUGAAGAAGAAAAUGAUAGCAUUAAGAUUGGAUAAUGGAUUGAAUUAGACGAGGAAUUUUUUGGUUGCAAGUAAGUUACCUACCAUGGUGAAUAUAAAAAUGAUAGAAAAGCUGGAAGGUGGGAUAUUGUUGCUUGGGGAUAGUUAAUGUAAUUCAUAUUAUGUUAAGGCCUUAAUUAUUAACACUAUUAGUGGUGGAGGAUUAUAUGAUGAAGAAAAUGAUAGCAUUAAGAUUGGGUAAUGGAUAGAAUUGGACGAGGGGUUUAGCGGGAAUAAUUAAAUUACCCAUCAUGGUUAAUAUAAAAAUGGAAGAAAAGUGGGAAGAUGGGAUAUUUUUAUUAGGGAAUAAUUAAUGUAAAUAAUAUUAUCUUAAUUACUUAAUUUAUUUCAACUUUUAGAGGUGGUGGAUCAUAUGAUAAAGAAGGUGAUGGAAUUAAGUUGGGUAAUUGGAUAGAAAUAAUGGAUGGAUUUUAGCAUUCCUCAUUAGUAACGUAUAAUGGUGAAUAUAAAAAUGGUAAAAAAGUUGGAACAUGGGUGGAAAUGAAAAGAG